AUUCAGCUUAACCUCAACGCAACUUCUAGAAAAGCCAUUAUCACAUUUAUCAACCCAUUUUCUUUACUCAAGCACAAGUACACAAACAAUAAUAUCUCACUGAACUAUAGAUCUGGGAUUCGGAGCAACUUUUGAAGAAGAAGAAACUUAGGUUAAUCACUGAAAAAGCAGAAAAAAAUGUCGUGGCAAACAUAUGUAGAUGAUCACUUGCUGUGUGAGAUUGAAGGUAACCAUCUCACAUCUGCUGCUAUUAUUGGUCAAGACGGCACCGUUUGGGCUCAAUCCGCCAAUUUUCCUCAGUUCAAGCCAGAAGAAAUAACAGGCAUAAUGAAAGACUUUGUUGAACCUGGAACACUUGCUCCAACUGGUUUAUAUCUCGGGGGAACAAAAUACAUGGUGAUUCAGGGAGAGCCAGGAGCGGUGAUCCGAGGGAAGAAGGGUCCAGGUGGUAUCACUAUUAAGAAGACCAACCAGGCUUUGAUCAUUGGAAUAUAUGAUGAGCCAAUGACUCCUGGCCAGUGCAAUAUGAUUGUUGAAAGGCUUGGUGACUAUCUUGUUGAGCAAGGCCUCUAGGCAUAUUAUUGUGUAAUAGUAUUCUACAUAAUUGUGGCUGUUAAGAAGUCAUGCUUGCUGCUUACAUGAGGAGAAGUUUGUAAUGGUGAACUGCUUUAUCAUUGUAUUUCUUUUUUCUCUGGUUUUACUGAUAAGCUUUUGUCAUUGAGCACUUGGUUGGUUAUAUAUAAUGAAAUGGCUUAAAUUUGGAUUUUUGAUCUA